UCCUUUCUGUCUCACAGGAAAACAUCUGGUUCUGGUGACUGAUCCAGAGGGCGCCGGCGAUCAAUAUGCCUUUGAUAAUCCUUGCUUCAAAGAUGGCACCCCGAUUGGACGCACAACGAUGGAGAAGGAGCCAGCGAAGUUGGACCAGAAGGUUGUUCGCUGGUCGCCGUGGAAUGCUCUGGUUGGGAACCGCAGUGCAGACAAGCGAAGGGCCCUGGAUGACUCCUUUAUUGGGGAGCCCCAGAUGAAUGUAGUAGCACUCAGGAGUCAUGACUUCACAGGUCUAGGCUUCAAUAUCUGUGGCAAUAUGCGGGAUGGCAUCUUUGUCAAGGAUGUGCUACACCGAGGCCCAGCAUCUGAAUCUGGUCGUAUUGCUCCAGGUGAUCGGAUUGACAGCAUCCACAUCAGCUUUCGGCACAUGGUGUUUGAGGAUGCACUCACAAUUUUGAGCUAUGCUUCACCCUAUGAUGUGCAACUAGAGGUAGAGAACGCUUCGAACUCACACCCCAACACACUCAUUCGCACCAAGAGAACGUCUGGUUCGAGUAUUGCACCAGGAGACAGAAUUUGCCAUCCAUUCUACCGCAGCCAGUCAAUUGCAGAUCUUGCUCAGAUUGGUAAAGUGAGCCUGAGGAGGAUGCAGCAAAUGGGUGGAAUCGGUAAGUCACCCCGUACUGAGUCACAGCUGGAUGAGAGUGGGGACUACCCAACUCUUAAGUUAUCAUCAACACCCACUGGAAAUGAUGCAAGGAAAGAUAACAUAAAACUGGAGAAAGCAGCAGUUCUCUCUGGCACAGCUGUUGUUAAGCCAGAGAGAGCAAAAAGGGCACCAAACAAGGAUACUCCUUCACCUAAUGGUCUUGGAAAUCAAGACUCUCUGAGUCCAGAGAGGUCUAGUAAGGACACGCUUAGCAAGUACCAGAAGUUUGGUGUGCGUGUGCUUCCAGACUCAAAUGCAGGUCAUAGAAACUCUCACUGUGCUCAUGAAGAGGCUGCAGGGUCAAAAGAAAGUGCAGGUAGAGAGUUCCCACCUGAACAGGGGAUGAAGGUACCAGCAAUUGAAGCAGAACACAGACAAAAUGAACACAACUCCAUCAUUGAAAAGGUUAGUGAAGGAGCUGUUGCUCAGGUGCCAAGCAGUAACCCACACUCUAACCAGAGGAGCAUAGUUUCUGUCUCCAUCUCAGAGGUGGAUGGUGUAGAACGGAGACCUAAGCCAAAUUCCAGCUACUAUGAUGAACGAGGAAUAGAUAUUGGACCUGUUGAGCCACAAAUGAUUCCUAAACAUAGUUUCAUGGGGCAUCAGCCUGAAGAAGGAAAGCAGAAUGGGGAUACACAUGGGGAGAGCAAUGUGAAAAAUCUGUUGACAAAGGGAUUGCAAAAUCUCAAGGACAAGCUGCACCACAAUGACAAGAAAAAAACUGGUAGCAUAAAUCCUGAGACCACUGGUGGUAGUUCUGAACAAGAAGUGCAGGAUUCAACAGGACAAGUAGUUUCACCACAACUCAAGGAAGUUAUCAAGAUUGAAGCUACCAGAAAGAUUGGAAAGCAAAAUGAGGGAAAACCUCAGCAAAAUGAGAGCAGGCAAGACAUGGAACAAGGUCAGAUACCUACAGAAAUCCCAGAAGAAGUCUGCAGAGCAGCCAUGGCUGCUCGCAGCAACAGGAAAUCUCUAGGUACUGCAGUAGUGGAGACUCAGUUUGAAGAAAGGAAGAGAAAUGUCUCACAGGAUGGUCCUAGUAGAGGCAGUUCCAGUGAUGAUGAAGAUUCCACUUUUCCUGAUAACAUUGACAGUGAUAGUUUGGGGAGGACACCUAAGAGGCCAAACAAGAGGAAAGCCCCUCCUCCACCGCCUGAAGAAAGUGAAGAGAAGUCCACCUCAGCUGGUCAGAAUCCAUACCAAGGGUCUGAUAGGGACUCUGAGGGAGAGAUGAGAGAUGAGCAAAAACUGAAAGAUAGCUCAACCCAACAUAGCAGUAAGAGACAAACAGAUGUUGAACAUAUUCAGAUGGCUGAUGACAUAGAGGCAUUGCCUCUUGUGGGAAAGAAUAUCACCUCAUUUGCUGAUAUGGCAAGGCAACGCAAUAAUAUUGAUAUAUUGGAAAGAGACAUAACAAACAUCACAAUUGAGGGCAAUUCAGGUAAGCCCCUUAGGACAGAUACCACCACAUUUGGUGCUUCAGUUACAGGAGAUCAAAGCAGUGAUGGGUCACCAGAAAGGGACGAAAGUGUGACACAAGAUCCCAAGCCUCGACAGCAGCACCUGGACUAUGACAUAGGUGUGAAUGUUAGUAGCAUUAACUCUGACUCAGACUCAGACCUGGAGCAACUGGAUGGAGAUGAUGACAGUUAUGAUGCUAUGGUAAAGGGGAAGAAGACAAAGAAGGGGGGCACAACAAUAGAACUCAAUUCCUCUCACAUCACUAUUCACCACAGUCCAUCAUCAGACAAUGUACAGUUGGAUAAUGAGAGCACUCGUAAAGCAGCAUCUUUAGGUGACCUUUCACGCCUCGAUUCUGAACAGCCAAUGAGCGUUUUGGAACGGGCUGUGUCACUGGAUCUUGCAGAUGGUGGUACCCCACACAGCAGUAAGAAACGGAAAGCUCCGCUUCCACCACCUGGUGAAGAUUACCUUGGUGGUAUGCCAGAAGGAGAUGAUGGCAUUGCACAUAGAAAGGAACCUCGCCUGGACAAUGCCAUGGAUACAUUCCAGAGACAUCGGCUCAAAAAGUCAUCUGACUGGGGUACACUGGAAGAGGCACUCAUGCAGUCAGAUAGCAAGGCUGUAGACUUCCAAACUUCCAAGAGCAAUGAACGUACAGAAGAAGGAACAGCACAUAUGCAAAGUGAAGUAACUGUGCCUGAGUCAACUGCUGUUGAGCAGUUUCUGACAUUUGACAGAAAGAAAGAAAUUGACACAGCAUCUGCAUCAGCUAUUUUCACAAAUUCUCACCCAGGGGUAACCAGAACAGAUAUUCUCAAUGUAGAUGAUGUGGGGUACUCAACUGUUUUAGAAUAUGGCAGCAGUGGAACAGAAAGCUUAGAUCAAAUGGAGAAUGAAAGUCUGAAACACCAACAGAAAACUGUGUUAUGUAUCACUCCAGAACCAGGUGGUGAAUCAAACUUCAGCUCCACUGCAUCUCAGAUCACCAUUGCCUCAGGUACAUUCAAUACCAUGCCAACACGUCAUGAUACCCACAUUGUCUCUGGGGAAAUAGCAAGCUUGCCACGAAAACAAGCCUUCAACACAGAGGUGGCAGGCCUGGUUCAGUCCAGUGUCAGUGCUCUGUCUCCAUCACAACAGUCUGGCAGCAGUCCUGUGGUUGGACUGGUCAGCUCAACACCAAUUUCUCAUAGUGGAGCUGCAUACAGCAUGACAACACAUACGCGUGAUGAAUCUGUGCAGUCUCCAAUUGUUACUUCCAGUCAUGCCGGUAUCAGCAGUGUUCAUGUGGUGAGCUCAACAACACAUGAUACCAGUGAUCCUGGUUCCAUUCUGGCUUCUAUCACAGAACCAUUUGUAACAGCAGUUGAUUCUACGACGACCUUAGCCGAGCAGAUUUCCAAGGAUGAUGACAGUGAAGAUGCUACUUGGGGACAAGACUCUCAGCCUCCAGAACUUCCAACAUCUCCUGUUCCAAUUAUCAGUCAGUUGUCAUCAUAUAAACCCUCACCAUCCAUGACUUACAUUACAGAAAUUCAGGUCGUCACCUCUGCUGAUAGCAGCACCAAUGAUAUGAUAACAGAGUCAACCCCUCAGGACCAGCAGGUGACACCUGCAGAAAUCUCUAGCAGCACUGUGACUCAGAGAGUGCUUAAAUACAAAUCUGACUCAAGUCCGUCAACAGACUCUUUCACAAGCGAAGGUGAUGACAAAGAAGCAGACACUGCUCAUAGUGUCGUCGUACCUCAGAAAGGAAAUGUUACAGUAACAGCAAUCCGCAACACAGCUUCUAGAAUACCAAUGAGGAUCAUGCCAGACAGAAUACCAUCAGUCAAUAUUGCCAGCAGUAAUGCAAAUCACAUUUCCAACAUGGAAGAGCCGAGAACCAAGCCUGCAAGGCCACCUGUUCCUCCCAGGAAGUCAGACAGCUCAACUGCAUCCACAAUUUCUAUGGAGGGUGGUGGAAGUGGAAGGGUACUUAACACUGUCCAGCAGCCUCCUGUGGAGAGCAUUCACAUUGGUCCUAGAGUAGGCAGUAGCAGUGGAAAUAAGUUCAUCAGUUUCUCCUCACUGACACCUCAGGUUACAGCAUCCACUGAAAAUAAUGCUAGCAGGAACAGCACAAGUUUUGAACAGUGGGUUUUCCUUGACGAAAACAGCACACAUAAUGGACUGCAAGAAGCAAGUAAUGCAGAUGAUGGCACCAGUGCACCUCAGUCAAUGGUGGUAUCACUUCCUGCUCGAACACAGUCGGUCACGCACAUUGUGCUCGAUAACAAGCAGUCCAACAGAAGUCAUGGGAAGCCAUGAAGAAGGAAUGAGAAAGUUCUUGUACAUAUAGAAAAACAGGUGUCAAUGUAAUCUGUUGUUGAUAGUCAUAAAUAUACUCGAAUAGUAUGUCAAUAGUUUUAACACGAGACAGACAGAAAGAGAACAAAGUAGGUUCAUCAGUGCCAAAUGGAUGAUGGUAUAGCUAUGCAGCUGGAUUAACUGGUAGUUAACAGAACUGCUUGGUCAGUCUCCUAACCCUACAGGAAUUCUUGUUACAUUUUUGAUCAAACUGAAGAAGGUCUCCUCAACAGCAACUUCAGUUAUGUAAAUCUCAUUCUAAUGCCAGGGGUGAUUUUACCUCAUUAAUUCCAUGUUAACAUAUUACUGCCCAUCUAUAAGAUAUUGUAGAUGCGUCAUAUUUUUAAUACUGCCCAUCUAUAAACUUCCAGAAUUAUAAUCAAAUUACUUCAUAACAAACCUCAAGGGACCAAAUCAUAUUGUGUGUGUGUGUGUGCAUGCGCGAGCGUGUGUGACAGAGAGAGAGAGCAUACAUGUAUGUUUUAGUUCUUGGUUCAAUUUUCUGCUGGAGUCAGUAAUGGUUGUGAUUUGUAGUGAUGUGAUAACUCAGAUUAUGAAUUUAUUUCAUCUAUGAAAGGUGCAGUAAUUACCUAUUAUAAAUUUAUCUUAACCUUACUAGGUGUAUCUGUAUUAUCACAAUGAAUCAUCAGCAAAUUUGAUGCUCUCAUAUAUAAACUUAGGCUGUCCCACAAAUGUGACAUUAUGACACAUAAUUUAUACAUACUGAAAAUCUACUGCCAUAAGUUUAUAAAAUCUGAAGAAAAAAAUUCAGAAUAUUCUACAUAUAUUCGUAUAUAUAAAUACAUGCAUGCAAACACAGAAGGAAACAAAAAAAUUGAGGAAAUGUAUUUUCUCUUCUUUUUCCAUCCAUUAUAGAAAGUAUAGAAAUAAGCCAAUAUGUGUCUUUCAGUGCUACAGCGACAAUGUUGCUUUUGACACAUAUCACAUGUUACUAAGCAAUAAUUUUAAAAGUAAUAUUGCUGUUAUUCUGGUAUGAAAUGUUCAUAAAAUGCACGCUAUUUCUGUAAGUGACAUCACUUGCCUAUCAUUUACCAACAGUUGCUUGUUGCUUCAGCAUAAAUCCCACUUAAAGUAUUUUCUUGUUUCUCUUUGGUGCAUUAUCAUAGAGAAUCUCAUCCCAAUUCUUAAAAAUUAUAAAGGCAGCUGAAACAAUAUUUUUUGCCCCUGCAAUUUGUUGCGUACCCGACACGGGAAAACCGUGUAAGUACAGUGUGGGUUCGAAUAACGUUGGUCGAGCUGAUUUUGGUUGGUUGGUUGGUUAUUCGUCGCCGAUGGAAUAAGUAUUGCUGAGAGUUGACUCGUACAAGGCUUUAUUACUAGUAAAUAGUAAUAAAUACAUUAGGUUGCUGCGUAAGGCUCUCGCAGUGGUCGACUCUGACUGCAUGAAGUGUCGUCGUGAAGACUGACUUGUACAGAUCAAAAAGCGUUUGGUAAUGCUCUUGCUGGUGUAUAUAUUGGUCAGCAAGGGCAUAUUCCGGGUACAAUAUGUGAACUUUGUUCUCUGUACCGAUAGGAUUGUUCUAGAAGGUUUUAGUUUUUGCGAGUCUGUCCUCUGUCUGACACUUGCCUCACUCCCGGACUUUAGCUGAUGCUUAUUUUGAAAUGAUUGUGGGGUGACAGUGUCAAAGUGUCACCGUUUCCUUUAAAAACAACCCAAUUAUCAGGCGGGGAUAGCGUCGGUGAAAGUCCGAGUUACAAAACUGUGUUCACAUACCAAUUAAAUUUCUUAUGCUGCAACUAGCAAUUAUUCCGAUGUACCAAUAUUAUAUUACUAUACAAAUUGCACUUUUGCUGACACUACUAUUUUCACAAGUAUUUAUUGUUUCAGCUGAAAUAAAAUUUUAUAAAAUAUCUCUACAGCAAAUUUAUCAUAAAGAAUGCAACUUAAUAUAAAAUAUUUUUCUCAUUAACAUUUACAAUUUCAGAAAAUUAUUAAUUGUGGUGGAUAUUCAUGUUCUCACUUCCCAAGCAUAAUCUUUCGCGUAGGGAUUACAAUUUCCGUUUCAAGACGACAUUUUAUGGCUGAAACUGUGGGUUGAAUUGGAGUAGGUCGCGGGAUAUGUUCUCACUUCAUUAAAGAGUUGUGUUGGUCAAUUUCUUCAUGCUUACUGCGAAUGUCUGUGCAUAACUCGUGUUCUGAAGCAGUAAGUAAUGAAAAUAAAUUUAAUUACCUUUAGGUGUUUGUGCUUUAGCAUAAAUGAAGAACGCAUAAUGAGCCUGUCCAUAUCUGCCAGUCCUGUUGUUCAUUAUUGCAACAGUGACCUCAGACCACAUUUUUUACACGUCACAUAGUUGCAAUAAUGACUUUGGAUAUCACUGUUGUGUUGACUACUAUCGUUGCAUUUUUUAUUCCUUUGUUUGCACUGCUGACAUCAUUGCUGAUGAAGAGGCGUAAGAACACAUCUGUAAUUUUAAUGUACUGCAAAGAGUACACCUUUACAAUCUUGUUUUCUUUGGAUAGGUUCAACCUCAUUAUGAUAUAACUCAUCUUAACAUAUCAAACUUUUAAAAAUUUGUGCAAAAAAUCAUUAUUUUCAAAUAGGCUGGAUAUAUGGAUGUGAUAACAAUUAGAAAAUCCCAACAAACCCACUUGUACUAUGGAACUGAUGAAGAAAAGACUGAUUUUCUUAACAUUAGUGGUUUUUGUGUAGAUUCAUAUGGUAACUUGAACAAGAAAUAUUCAUGAUUAAUAAUGAAGGUGCAUAAUAACAAACUUUCAAUAUCAUUACCAACAUUUUUAUACAAUAAUUCUGGAACUUUCAGAUAUAACUAACUACUUACCUAACUCCAUGGAGUAGGGUCAUUUUUGAGAAACCAAUAGAAUGCUCAGUUAAGAAAUCAUCUGCUUUUUGUGGAGCCCAAAGGGUCAUUAUUGUGUUCACAAGAGCACCACUAGUCCCUAUCCUGAGUCAGAUAAAUCCAAUCAAUACACUUCCACCCUAUGUCCCUAAGACUUAUCUUAGUAUUAUCCUCCCAUCUGCAUCUAGGUCUGUCUCUUGAUUGGUCUUCUCCCUUCAGGAUUUCCAACGAACAUUUUGUACACAUUUUUCAAGUCACCAUGCAUGCUGCAUGCCUCACCAAUCUUAUUGUUCUUAAUCUGAUCAUGCUGACAGUGUCUGGUGAAGUAUACAAAUUAUAGAGCUCCAUAUUGUAAUAUUCUCCAGACUCCUAUCUCUUCACCCCUGUUGGGUGCAAAUAUUCUCCUAAGCACCCUCAAACUUUGUUCGUCCCUUCAUGUAAAAGACCAAGUUUAAUACCAAUAUAACACAAUGAGUAAAGAUAUAAUGUAGUGUAUUUCAAUCUGUACAUUUUAGACAGUAGAUGGGAAGACAGAUUAUGAACUGCAGAGCAGCAAGCAAUCCCCACAUUUAAUCCUUUCUUAGUUUCUUCAUGAAUUCAAAUUUUAUUUGUUACCGACAUUCCAAAAUAUUUUUAUCGUGUCACAUUUUCAAAGCAUUUAUCUCCUACCUACAUAUAAUGAAUUUGUCCUGUAGUCUGGUGAUUAAGCAUGAACAUAUUAGCUUUCUCUGUAUUUCCUUCUAGCCCAGCAUCCUUAGUAGUAUAUAACAGAUUAUGUAUUCUUUACAAUAUUUAUAUUUUCACUCUAUAAAUUAAUAUCAGUAUUGGAUAGAAACAGAUGUGCCCAAAUUCAGUUCCAAACCCUGUUUUCUUGAACCUUCCUGUUGGCAUAUUUUAAAUGAAAGUUGAAAAGCAAUGGUGAUAAAGCAUUUCCUUUCUUCAUUCCAUUGUAAUUUGGAAAUGUAUGAGAUAUAGAAAGUAAUACAGGUUUAAUUUAAAUACAUUUUAAUAAGACUAAGUAGCUUUAUGGUUACUCCAUAUUCAAUGAAAAUUUAUACCGCUUUCUUUUUCAAACUCUAUAAAAAGCUGAUAUACUGUCUCAUUAUGCUCCCAUUUUUUUAACUUUUGGGUGUGCAAAAUAAUGUACAGUAUAGUGACACUAGAGAUUGGACAACUGGGGUUAGAUCCCUGACAGAGGCAGAGGAUUUUCCCUCUAGCCUCUACAUCCACUCACUCCUAUCUAGUGCUGAUGUUAAGAAUGAGGAGGAGCUAUACCUCCUCUCCCCUCAAGCACCUACAUGGCAUAUAGUGGGACAGCCUUACUUUUUUAUUUAAUUUAGACUACUAAGUGGGUGCUCUGGCUUACAAAUUCAUAGCAUGUUCUAAGAACAGUUAAUAAUUUUCAUUUGACAGCAAAUAUUGAAAAUAAACCACAACUGAAAACUAUGUAUUUGUUUUUCAUAAAGAAAAUUUGCAUAAUGAAUUCUUCCAGGAGUGUCAUGUGGUUUAAUCAAUUAAACCACUAGACAUGGCUGGUAGCCCUAGAAAAAUUCAUUAUACUUAGUCACCAUGAAUGUUUCAGAUCACACAAAAUCUUGCAUAAUGGCACAAAAUAUCGGCUUACAUUUUGUGAAGUUCUAGUUCAUUAUCCCACCAUUCUUAUCACCAACAGACACUGAAGCAAAAUGUAAUUCCUUGAGAAGAAUAGGAAAUGGAAACAAACCAAAAAAAGUGUCUAAAAUAUUAUGUAUAUAGCACAGCAAGGAUUCUUCAAAACAAAAAAUAUGGCGCUCCCUUAAAAUUUUAGAUAAAAUGUCCUUUGAAGUUAAUUGUAAAAAUCUUUGAAAUACUGUACCAUCUCUUUAAACAGAAUAUCCAUGUUUUGAGGAUGAAAUUGAGUAUGAAUGUUUUGUAUUUUGUGUAAAUAACUAUUGUGGUGCUCAGAAUCAAUCAGCAAGCAGAGGUUUGGAAUAAAGUUUGUGUAAGUGUGCAAGGGUGUGUGUUGAGUCGAAUGAGAUAUGUUUAUUGCUCAACAAUUAUUGUUGUAUCAUAUUUGUUUAUUAGUAAGGUUACAGGUGACAAACUAACGUGCAAUUUCAACAUUUCAUAUCACUGUUGUUGUUAAUUAACAUAGAAUAUUUAUGGUUCUUUUGUUUCUGGUUUCUUAUUUUACAAAAAAGUAAAUCAUAAUCAUAUUCUCUUCUACAGUGAUUGUACCUGCUGUCAUUCAUAAUUUACAUUUUUAAUGGUGGUAUGCCAUCAACUUGGUUGAAGAGUUAUGUAAUCAUCACGGCUUCAGUAUAUCACUUGAUUUGAACAUACAAGUUAUAAAGUGAAUGUGGACUGUAGAUUGCACCAUUUAACAUUAAUAAGGUAAUAUCUUCAAAUAGUAAAUAUCUAUUUUUUUAAAAAAGAUAUUGGUUUAUUUUUAUUGUUUUCACAUCAUUGUCAUAGUAAAACUGUAAUAAAUUAUAGUUUAGCCAGAUA